GCAUCUGAGAUCACAUUGGUGGCGGUGCAUACAUCAUGUGCAGAAAAAUAGAGUUUCAUGAGAAGAACUUGCAAAGCCCAUGAGUGGAUAAACUUGCAGAGAAAUUGCAGGGUAUUCAUGAGUGGAUGUGAUAAUCAGGUAGUUUAAUUGCCUCCUGAGAACUUGACCCAUUCAUUCCACUGAAAAAAUGAACAAUGUAACUGAAUUCAUUUUCUGGGGUCUUUCUCAGAGCCCAGAGAUUGAGGAAGUUUGUUUCAUGCUGUUUUCUUUCUUCUACAUAAUCAUUCUUCUGGGAAAUCUCCUCAUUAUGCUGACAGUUUGCCUGAGCAACCUGUUUAAGUCACCUAUGUAUUUCUUCCUCAGCUUCUUGUCUUUUGUGGACAUUUGCUACUCCUCAGUCACAGCUCCCAAGAUGAUUGUCGACCUGUUAGCAAAGAACAAAUCUAUCUCCUAUGUGGGGUGCAUGUUGCAGCUCUUUGGAGUACAUUUCUUUGGUUGCACUGAGAUCUUCAUCCUCACUGUAAUGGCCUAUGAUCGUUAUGUGGCUAUCUGUAAACCCCUUCAUUAUAUGACCAUCAUGGACCGAGAGAGAUGCAAUAAAAUGUUAUUAGGGACAUGGGUAGGUGGGUUCUUACACUCCAUUAUCCAAGUGGCUCUGGUAGUGCAGCUACCCUUUUGUGGACCCAAUGAGAUAGAUCACUACUUUUGUGAUGUUCACCCUGUGUUGAAACUUGCCUGCACAGACACAUACAUUGUUGGUGUUGUUGUGACAGCCAACAGUGGUACCAUUGCUCUGGGGAGUUUUGUUAUCUUGCUAAUCUCCUAUAGCAUCAUCCUGGUUUCCCUGAGAAAGCAGUCAGCAGAAGGCAGGCGCAAAGCUCUCUCCACCUGUGGCUCCCACAUUGCUGUGGUCGUUAUCUUUUUCGGCCCGUGUACUUUUAUGUACAUGCGCCCUGAUACCACCUUUUCGGAGGACAAGAUGGUGGCUGUAUUUUACACCAUUAUCACUCCUAUGUUAAAUCCUCUGAUUUACACACUGAGAAAUGCAGAAGUAAAGAAUGCAAUGAAGAAACUGUGGAGCAGAAAUGUUUUCUUGGAGGCUAAAGGGAAAUAAUUGGACUUAAUAAUUUAAACUCCAUGACCUUAAAAAUUCUCAGCCUUGGUGAACUCAUCUGUGCAAUGAAGACAAUAAUAACAACCUCAUAGGGUUUAGAGUGGAAAAAUGAGAGAAUAACACAUUCAAAAGAG